GCUUGCGCCGUAGAGAGGCAGAUGAAGUGCUACCAACCAUUGAUUCUGCAAGUCAAGUGGAUGACAACCCACUAUUCUUGGCAGCUUUUGCCUCUCCCAUGCCUAACUCCCCACAAUACACUAGCCACCAUCAGCCUCACUGACCUUUCUGUUUUGGAAAUUUUGUAUUAGAUUGUAUUGACAAGAGCCAGCUGCUACUCAAUGAUGGAGAUAGCAAACCUGGAGCUUGGACUUUUUGCCUUUGGAGCCCAGACCCCACCAAGGAAGCACAAUCUUGAUUCUGGAUCAUUCCUCUCGAGUAGAUCGACUGAUUCGCUUGAAGAAAGGACUCGAUGUGUUGAUGUUUCUAAUUGAAAUUUGCUGACUUUUGGGAGAAAGAGGAAGACCUGGUUCCGCCUUUGAGGUCAUCCUUUUGCCCCUUUGUCCCCUUGGGAGUCUGCCGCGAUUUGAGUUCCGCUUGAAGCCUUUCGGUGCGCAUUCGUCCCGUUCCGCCUCGGAUUCCGGUGCUGGUGCUCGCUCUCGAUUAAAGGCACUGCUUCAAUCGAUGGACUCCUACCAACUCUUCUCAGCGACCUCCGACUCCCCCACUGCCGCUGCUGAGCCCGGGAAGUCGAAAUCGGCGGCCGUCGUCCAGGACUCCACCACUUUCGACGGCGAAUUCGAUCCCCAAGUGUUCAUUGGGUUUCUCGAGGUCUUCAUUUACCAGGCUCGCGACAUUCACAACAUCUGCAUCUACCAUAAGCAAGAUGUUUAUGCCAAGCUCUGUCUCACCAGCGACCCCGACGUCGCUGUCUCCACCCGGAUCAUCAACGGCGGGGGGCGGAAUCCGGUCUUCAACGAGAAUCUCCGGCUCAGUGUCCGAACGAUCGAGUCAUCGCUGAAAUGUGAGAUAUGGAUGCUUAGUAGGGUGAAGAACUACCUCGAGGACCAGCUGCUGGGUUUCGCGCUGGUGCACCUUUCGGAUGUCCUCUUAGCUAAAGCCAAGUUGGUGCAGGAGUUCUCCCUCUCAUCUACCGAUCUCUUCCAUUCUCCUGCGGGCUUCGUUCAGUUGUCGCUCUCUUACGUUGGUGCUUCCCCGGAUGUUAUGGCAAUCACGUCAGUGCCAAAAACUGUGAUUACUGAGGCUAAUUUGCCGGAUGCAGAAACUGACGACUCGAUUCCCUGUGAGUAUGAGAAGAUUGAAUUCCCCGACCUGAAGGUGGCUAAUGAAAAUCAACAGAUGGUUUCUGAGUACUUCGGGCUACAGAGCACUGAUAUGGAGACACAAAGUUCAGAGAGCUUGGUGACUUCAGAGAGUGGCAACUGUGUCGACGAUGAUGCAGGGGUGCGCCUUGUGGAAAGCUUCUCAUCCACCAAGAGACUUGGAUCUCUUGAUUCUGAUAAUGCACUGAAAAAUGACACUACCAUAAGCAGUGUUUCCAUGGCUGAAUAUUCUCCUGUAACACUUCCAGUUGCAUCUCAAUCCAUCUCUGAUGUGUUGUCAGUCACAGCAUCUCCAAGCAGAAAAGAUAAGAGCUCAGAGGUCACAGAUGGUGAAGCUGAUUCAUCUGCGCCAUCAAAGGUUGAAUUCAUGAGACCAAUCAUCAGCAUAAACAUUGAGCCAGAGCAGACAGUGGUUCAGCAGGAUAUUGUUGAUAUGUACAUGAAAAGCAUGCAAGAGUUUACAGAGUCAUUGGCUAAGAUGAAGCUUCCCAUGGAUAUGGAGACCAGCAGCAGCCCGAGUGUGGAGAAUGGUAGUCCUGAUAGUGAGAGGAAGGUGACAACACCAAAAGGAAUUGGCUCCAAAGUUUUCUAUGGAAGUAGGGCAUUCUUCUGAAAGUAUUCCUCUCGAGAAACCGCUGAAGAUCUCUUCGGGUGGCACAGUUAUUGGAUUUGCCUGUGUGUACUGCAGCUGCUGGCAACUGCUCCUCAAAUUUCAUGUUCUACUUAUUUGAUCAAAUCAGAAACAGGAGUCUUAUUUUUCUUGUUUUUGGGUUGGACCAGUUCUCUUUUUUCCUUGUCAAAUACGAGGCUUCGUAUCCGCGGUAUAAUUUUCUGAUGCUUGUUUAAGAACUUCUAAGCAUGAAUUAUACAACUCUUGUAUCUCUUUACUAAGUACUAAGCUCUCAAACAUCAGAAUCUAAUGUGCACUUGUUUCUCGAAA